AUGUGUGUAAUGAAGCCAUCCCCUUAUCAAAAUCGAUGCUCUGUUUCUAGCGCGCCGAGCAGCGCAUCAGGCUCGUUUUCCUCGCCACCAGCCGAAAAGAUUCCUUUGUUUCGUAGACUCGAUCUUGAGGAUGUAGAAGUGUCGAUAUGCAGUCGUCAAUUUUCGAAAUGCUUUGGGAGUAAUCUAGAUUUAGCCGGCGCCGCGAUCGGAGAGCCACAUUUGGCUAAGCCUCAUGUCGGAGCCGGACGCCGACGCCGAGAAGAGACACCCUCGAAGAGCCACAAGUGA